UCACACUGCUUUUCUUGUAAUUUGUUACGAAAAUAAGUGAACAAUAAAUAAAGUGUAUAAGGCGAUGAACUCUUUGUGAAAAUUAAACGUGUUAGCCGCCUCACUAACUACAAAUUUCCCGACCCCGCGAAUAUCAGGUGAAAAGGAAAAGGGUAACAACAAACUAAACGGAAUCGGAUAAAAACAAUAACAUUUGUACACGAAACGCAAAUUUGAUCAACUCAACGUUCCUUAAUAAGUCUUGCGUAAAUCUAAGACGAGACUGAAAUUUCGCCUAAUCCGCAUAAUCCCACAUCCAAGGCGGGGGCAUCGGCACCACGGACAGACGAGAUGGGCAAACGGCUCCCAUUGGAACGCCCACCGACAGAUCGCAACAUACGAAAACGAAAGCGGGUGGUGGCCAAAGAAGCCAGCGGUAGUGUGACUGAGAAAUGCCAGCGCCUUAGCGCCUUAGCGACAAAUGAUAAUGGAUAUGCGUUCCACGAGAACGACGACGAGGACUCCUCAUCGUCGGGGUCCGCUGGCGGUGGUGAAGUAGCGGAAGAUACAUCAGUGUUGAGGACCCCUCAAGCUCAAAACCUCCUGUUGGCCGGAGCCAGUUUUGCCAGUGACCACAACCACUCAAACUCAACCGAGUCGCCGCGUCCGGUAUACACAUUGCGCCCAUCAGUCGUCAAUGGAACGAUACUGAGAGACGUGCUGUCCAAGGCGUGGCGUUUGGGACGACCCAUAGGCAAGGGCAACUUUGGCGAGAUAUUCCUAGCAUCAGACGACACUGUCUGCCCCGUUAGUUCAGAGAGAGCCAAAUUUGUCGUUAAAAUUGAACCCCACUCAAAUGGCCCACUAUUCGUCGAGAUUCACUGCUUGAUCAACACGUCUCACAUUCUGACUAAGAAAAUAACCGAUGAUCACGAGGAUGCUUCCAAAAUGUCUGCUCGUAGGCAAAAUAUUAGCAACGGGCCGCCGUCCGGAAUACCCAGCUACAUUGCCUCAGGCACACACUACUUUGGAGAUGCUCGCUAUCGGUUCUUGGUCCUGCCCCGCUUCGAUCGCGACCUGCACUCGCUCAUAAAGAACUCACGGGUGGAUCAGAAAAGCCUGCUGGUCAUCGCUAUCCACAUAAUUAAUGUGUUAGAGCAUCUCCAUGAUAAGGGCUAUUGUCACAACGAUAUCAAGGCACAGAACCUAAUGAUAUCCAAGUGCAAAUACCUCAAACAGGAGGCAGUGCGUACGGGAAAAGGCAAGGGGGCAAAGAGCGAGGGCUACGAUGAGCAUUACGAUGAGAAACAGCAGACGACAGACAGCGGUAAUAGCUCGGAGCAGGAAACAACGGAUGAUGUAGUCAAGUUCAGUGAUGGCGAUGGAGACUACUUCAUGAAGAACAAAAAGUUUGCUUUUAAGCAAACUCGGAUGUCCUCGGAUGUCGCCGAGGAAGACGAGGAAGAUGAGGACUUUGAUGAUGGCGCCACUUCGAACAGUAACAAUAGCAACAGCCAGGACAUGUAUCACACGGCAAUGAACAAUAAUAAGGGAAGCGUUCGCAAGCCAAAUAUUGAGUUUAGUGGCUCCAAUCCGGUGCGGUCGUGCCGUCGAGAAAAGCGCAAUUCCAUGUACGAAGAAAUGGUCAAGUCGCACUAUCUGCGACCCACCAAACGCGUUAGCUACCGCGAGGACUUCAACGAGGAAAAGGACGAUCAGUCGCCAGUUACGUCCGAUAACGAUUCAGAGGAGUUUCUUCCACCAUCGGCCAGACGCUCGACAGCAGCCGUGGGUAAACGGGGAAGACCCGCACAAGCACAUCCAUCUACGCCCUCCAAGUGCUCCAUAACUACGCGAGCAACGCGCCAUCAAUCGAAACUCAAAAGCGAAAUGAACGAAGGUAGCAAAAGGAGUGGAAGGCGGCAACAGGAAGACAACCAGUAUCAUGCAGAGUAUCAGCUCCUCCCCGCCCAGGAAGAGCACGUGUUCCUUAUCGACUUUGGCCUGGCCUCAAAGUAUCAAGACCGCGGUGUUCACCGUCCGUUUAUUAUGGACCAACGACGUGCGCACGACGGCACCCUGGAGUUCACAUCGCGAGAUGCCCAUCUAGGCGCGCAUUCGCGGCGGAGCGAUCUGGAGUGCUUGGGCUACAAUUUGGUCUAUUGGUCAGAGGGUUAUCUGCCCUGGAAGGAUGUGGCACAGCAGCAACAGCAGGAGAAAGUGCAUCGUGCUAAAGAACUUUUCAUGACAGACGUCUCGGAAAUGUUGCGUCAAUUCUACGGCAAGCAAGUUCCUAAGUAUUUGGGCGAGUUUCUGAAACAGAUUGGACAGCUGGCAUACCAGGAGCGUCCCAAUUAUGAACGUUAUCGCAACAUCUUUAAGCGGGAGUUUCAGCGUUUGGGCUAUGAUCCUAGCCAAAUGCGGUUAAACAGCGAAGAGAUUUUGCGCACACGCGUGGCUGUUAAGGACGAGAUUGAUGGCAACAAAUGCGAUAUAUUUGAACUGAAUAAUAAGAUAUCCACUAACGUGAUGCGUAACUCAGCGCUUAGCACUCCGUUCCAGGAGCACUCGAUAACGAAUCGUGUAUCGCCGAAAAACCUGCGAUCCAAGUCGAGCAAGAAGAAUGUGAAAAAGAAAUUCUCAUGGGCUGAGGUUAUCUCUCAAGAUCCCGAUCAAAUAGCGCGCGAACGGGCAGCCAAGGAGUUUGAACGGGAGGAGACCAUAUGCCCAUUGCAAAUGCGUCUUCCCAAGCGCUAUGAGGGCAGGCCAACCUAUGCGAUACUGGCAGUUGAGCAGAGUCGGCGCGAUAAAGGACUGGUCGUGCAGGAACACAACGAAGGCGAAUACCAUGAUGAAGUCGAUGCAUUGACUCGCGAGCAGGAGCAGCAGGAGGAAGAGGAGGAUAAUGCUGGAGCAGAAAGCACUGAUGGAGAGCAGUAUGCAGAGCAAGGCACGUCCGAUGAGAGUGAUUACUCUGACCAUUCCGAGGAAGCAGUGCGUCGACGCGUCAGAGGAGGAGCCUAUCGGAAAAAAACCACCAGCAAGCAACCCCAAGCACAGCAGCUAAAACCCAACCGAGGUGUAGCACGUAGUGGCAAAAACUUAGCUGCAGUUAAAUCUGCCACCGGUGCUGUUAGCAAAUCACGCUCCACGCCGUUGUCAUCAGUGGCCAGCAACAAACGUGGCUGCGCCACACGCAAAGAAAAUGCCACUGUGGCCUCCGCUACCGCUGAGGUGGAGCGCAAACUGAAGUCAAGGCGGUCGUCAGAGGAUCGUCCCAAGCAGCGGCGGACGCGCCGUUGUCUAUAUAAGACUGAGUCAAAAAUUGGCGGGCACGAUGUAGAGAACAACUCGAGCUUGGUGGAAGUGCAGAAUCUGUACAGCGAAUACGAUGAUGAGAAUAACUACAUCAAGGGGCGUAAUGUCAACUCGUCCAGGCAUUGUCGCAAAUUAUAGAGCGAUAAAUAGGGACCGACCGACUAGGGGACUGGACUCCAAACAGAGCAGAAGCAAAGCAACCUUAACUCGUUGUCAAGUAUUUUUAGUGGUAAACAAGGCACUAGCCGAUGCCAGAUGAGGUGUUCAAAGGAACAGAACAUAACCUAAUCAUGCUAAUACACGUGGACACCACUCGUAAUGAUUUUUAAUUUUGGUUUUUAAAUCAUUUAAUUAGUUAACUGUAAGCAUUCAGAUUGGUACGCUCAGAUCAGGCGUAGCGCAGCUAUGAGAGCAUCAGCUCAGCUCCGCGCGCAAUACGUUGUUGAAUUAUCCGAUGUUGUAAGAAAUAUAUGUACGAAACGGAACACAAACGGUGUGCAGGAACAGUGCACUGUUUGGCUCCAAAUGGCCUUGAUAGCAAA